CUUGGAAUUGGGAUUGGGAUUGGGAUUUGCCCCUUCCAUUUAUCAUCAUUUUGUGGCUAUCUUCAAAGACUCAGCCACUGCAAUCAGAUCAAACUAUUGGAAGCAAGUUUCGAAAGUUUGUUUUAGUUUUAUUUAUUUUCUUAAAUAUUGCGAUACAUAUGCUGAUCAUUAAAUUAUAUAUUAUGAUUGAUUGAUGAUGCGUUAUAAUAAUCCUACCAAAUUAGAGUAUAACUAAUUAACGCAGUGUCUUGUGUUGUUCUUCUUUCUGCUGAACUGUGUUUUGAACUUCAUUUUAUAUGUAUAUAUGUUUGGUUUUGUAUUCAUCGUCUUCAUUUUAUUCAUGUUUAGGGUUGUCCAUGGCUGCUUCAUCGUCAUCUCUAAUCCCACCACCACCACAGCAUAAAAUUCAAAAUAUUGACAAUUAGUGUAAGCUAAAAUAUAUCAUAUUAGAUUUGUUUAUUUAUAAAAUAUAUAUUAAGAAUAUAUAAUGGUGUAUUGUAAGUAGAUAAGUUAAACAAUAACGCAUGCUAUAAUAUGUAAGUAAUUAAUCAUGACUUGAUGAUGCACUGUGAUUGGAUGGUUGAUUUUCAAAUAUUUUAGUUUUAAAUUAAGACGCAAGGCAAGGCAACCUCCGGUGAGCUUCGCAGUGAUUGAACGGCAAUCUCUUCAAGGACAAAAAUUGAGGUAAACACCAUUAUAUGAUUUGAAAUUAUUUGGAAUUGGGAUUGGAAUUUGCACUUACCCUUUAUCAUUCUCUUCAUCACUUUGUGGCUAUCUUCAACGACUCAGCGACUGCGAUCAGAUCAAACUAUAUAUUGGAAGCAAGUUUUGCAAGUUUGUUUUAGUUUUAUUUAUUUUCUUAAAUAUUUUGGAACAUAUGCUGAUUAUUAAAUUAUUAUGAUUGAUUGAUGAUGCGUUAUCAUAAUCCUACCAAAUUAGAGUAUAACUAAUUACCGCAGUGUUUUGUUGUUCUUCUUCUUGCUGAAUUGUGUUUUGAACUUCAUUUUAUGUGUAUGUAUAUAUUCAUGUUUAGGCUUGUCCAUGGCUGCUUCAUCCUCAUCUCCCAUCCCACCACCACAGCGGAAAUAUAACUUCUUCUUGAAUUUUUGCGGCCUUGAUACCCGCGAGUCCAUUAUUAGUCAUCUACGAGUUGAUUUGGAGCGAAACGGUUUUCACACAUUUAGAGAUGACGAAAACUUGGAUGGAGGACAAAGUAUUGGGCCAGGACUAUUGGAAGCAAUUGCGAAUUCAUCAAUGUCUCUUGUUGUGUUCUCAAAAAACUACCUUGCAUCGACAUGGUGCCUACUCGAACUAGAGAAGAUUAUGGAGUGUAGAAAGAACUCACAGCAUUUUGUUUUGCCCAUCUUUUAUAAGAUAAAGCCAUCUGAAAUACGAUACUUAAAAAGGGAGUAGUGCAGAAAUCUUGGCCAAAUGCAAAGAAGAAGUUCCCAAGAUGGAGAAUUGGAGAGCAAUUGUGACUGAAGUUGCCAAUUUGAGUGGUAUAGUCUCCAAUAACUAUAGGUAUACUUUUUUUUUGAUAAUCACUUAAUUUUGAUUAUUGAAAUGUUUGUAGAACUAUAGUGUUAUUCUUUUUUUUUUUUUUUAAUUCGAUCCUUUUGGACUAAUUAAUAGGGAUGAAGCAAGCUUGGUUAAGAAUAUUGUUAAACAGGUUCAAAGACAAUUAAAUUUGUACAUAGAUUUAAAUGUUGCAACCCAUCCAGUUGGAAUAGAGCCUCGUUUACAAAAGCUACUCAAGGAGUUGUACUUGGAGUCAUCUGAUGAUGUUCGCAUUAUUGCAAUAUGGGGAGUCGGUGGUCUAGGUAAGACAACAAUUGCCAAAACUGCGUAUAAUCAUAUUUGUAGCAGGUUUGAAGGUUGCAGCUUUGUCGCCAAUGUUAGAGAAACAUGGGAGAAAUCAAAUGGGGAUUUGCUUGAUUUGCAAAAUUAAAUUCGAUCUGAUAUCUUGAAUGAGAAUUAUAAAAUGAGAAACUCUCACGAGGGGGUUCAAUUCUUAAAACACAUAGCUUUCCAAAGAAAAGUGCGUCUAGUUCUUGAUGAUGUAAAUCAUGUGAAAUAGUUAAAUGCACUAGCCAUCGAUCCACAAUUUCUUUAUCGUGGGAGUAGAAUUAUUGUGACUACUAGAGAUAUUUCUUCCUUGAACUCGCUUCAAUCAAUUCUUAUCAUAUAUGAGCUUGAGCAUUUCAAUAUGGAUGAAUCUCUUCAACUCUUUAGUUUGCAUGCCUUCAACGAACAUUAUCCUCUAGAGGACUUUAUGGAGCUUUCAAAUACAGUGGUGGAUUAUGCUGGGGGUAUUCCAUUAGUUCUUGAAGUUUGGGGUUCUUUUUUGAAUGGUAAAAACAAUGGUGAGUGGAGAGAUGCAACUAGAAAAUUGAAAAAGAUUCCUCAUGGUGAAGUUCAAAAAAUAGUAAGGAUAAGUUUUGAUUCAUUAGAUGAAAAAGAGAAAAAAUUGUUCCUAGAUAUAGCAUGCUUCUUUGUUGGUGAGAGUAAAAAUUUUGCCAUUCAAGUAUUGGAAGCCUGUGAGUUUUUCCCAGUAAUUGGAUUUCGACGCUUGGAGGAUCUUUGUCUCCUAAAAUAUGAUCCAGGACAUGUGAUUGUAAUGCAUGAUAUUCUCAAGCAAAUGGGUAAGGAGAUAAUUCAACAAGAAAGUGAUGAUCCAGGAAAACGCAGUAGAUUAUGGGAUUCCAAAGAUGCCCUUAAAGUCCUGAAAAAUUGUGAGGGAACUGAAACAGUUGAGGGCCUUAUCCUGUUACCCAAUGGAAAAGAUAUUAAAGUGAAAGCAAAAGUAUUUCAAAAGAUGAAAAGACUGAGGGUGCUUCAUCUCGAUCAUGUUCUACCUAGUCCUGGCAACAAGCUUUUGUUCAGAAAUUUUGGCUACAAGCAUUUGUCCAGAAAUUUAGUAUGGCUACGUUGGCAUCACUUUGAUCUCAGCGUUUUGCCAUCACAAUUAUACUUGGGGAAUUUGGUUGCUCUUGACCUAAGUUACAGCAACAUAAAACGAGUUUGGAGGGGAACUAUGGUUUUAGGUAAAUUGAAAUUUCUUAACCUCAGUUAUUGUCAUAACUUAACCACAACUCCUAAUUUUUUUGGGCUCCCCAAUCUUGAGGAAUUGAUUCUUGACGAUUGCGUAAGAUUACAAGAGGUGGAUAAGUCUAUUGGACAUCUCCACAAAUUAAUUAUUCUAUGCCUCGAUAAUUGCCAGAGCCUUAGGAAACUUCCGUCGGAGAUGGCCAACUUAAAAUCUCUUGAAAGAUUAUCAAUCUCUUUGUCCUCCUGGGACCAGCGUCGAACAUUGACAAAAAGGAGUGCAGGUUUUAUUGGGUUGCCACCAAACUUUGUACAGGGCUUCAGUUGCUUGAAGACAUUGAACAUGGAACGCUGCUCUAUUCAAUUACCUAAUGAAAUUGGGAAUAUGAUCUCAUUAACCUUUUUAACUAUUUGUGAAUGUAAAUUUGAUUACCUGCCAGAGAGUAUAUGCAGCCUUACAAAAUUGGAGAUUUUAUUUAUUAUAGAUUGCCGGAUGUCAAAUCUGCCAAGUGAACUUGGGAGGUUGAACCGAUUGCGUCAUUUGAAUCUUCAGGGAAAUAACUUUUGUAGCCUGCCAGAGAGCAUCGGUGACCUUACGAAGUUAAGGAAUCUCAAUUUGUGUCGUUGUGAAAGACUCCAAUCACUCCCAAAGCUUUCAGGUGGUCCGUGUUUGAUCGUCGCCAUUAACAGUUGCCCAUCAUUGAGAAGAAUAUCACUCGAAUCAAUCACGAACAGUAGAAUCAUAUCUUGUUACAUGUGUCCUAAAUUGGACAUGAAUUGUUUUGUCCAUGAAAUCGGAACAAGUUUUUUCAACUACAAGGUUGUAUGUUCAGUUAGAAUUCAUUAUUUAGAGUGCAUGUUUCCUAUUCGGUUGCAGCAUGAGACCACAAAUUCAUAUUAUGCUCUCAAGGUGCCACCUCUUGGAGUCGGAAAUAAGCAUUUUAUUCGAUGCACUUUUUAUGUUGUCUACAGGAUUGAGAUCUGGCACCAUUCCUGGUCAAUGAAAUACACACUCCGCAACAAAACCAAAGACAUUUCUAUUGAUAUCGACUGUUCAUCUAUGGUGUUUGGGCCUACUAGCACAGAGAUUAGAGAUCAUAUCAUUUUUGAGUAUAGGUCUUUUCACGUGGACAAGUUGGAAUUGAAAGAAGGUGAUGAAAUAGAAAUUUCUUGGACACCUGACAAUAAUGUGGUUUUGAAGAGAUGGGGAGUUCAUGUCAGUUAUGACACAACUGAUGAUCAUCAUUAGUAGUAAGUCCCUCUCUAACACAAGAUUGUAGAUUGAUUGAAUCAAGAAAUUGAUGAAUUCUAUUUUUUGUAGCAUACAUAUAUAUAUAUAUGUAUAACCAUUUAGCCAUGUC